CGCGCAGGGCCGGCGGCGAGCCCCGGGUGCGCAGGGCGGCCCCCCCGCGCUCACACACACACACACACACACACACCCGCUCGCACACUCGCUCCCACACGCGCUCGCACACGGGAGGCGCUCGGCGGAGCCGCCGCCGCCCGCCCGCCCGCCCGCCGCCACCCCCCGCCCCGGGGGCGGCUGCCCCCGGCGGAGCCUCCAUCUGCAGCCCGGCGGCGGGAGCGGGAACAUGGCGGACCUGGAGGCGGUGCUGGCCGAUGUCAGCUACCUGAUGGCGAUGGAGAAGAGCAAGAGCACCCCGGCGGCCAGGGCCAGCAAGAAGAUCACCCUGCCCGAGCCCAGUAUCCGCAGUGUUAUGCAGAAAUACCUUGAAGAAAGGGGUGAAUUAACCUUCGACAAGAUCUUUCAUCAGAAAAUUGGAUUUUUGCUUUUUAAAGACUAUUGCAUGAAUGAAAUCGAUGAAGCUGUCCCUCAGCUGAAGUUUUACGAAGAGAUAAAAGAAUAUGAGAAACUGGAUUCUGAGGAUGAGCGUUUGACCAGAAGUCGGCAGAUUUACGACACUUACAUCAUGAAAGAGCUCCUGUCCUGUUCACAUCCUUUCUCGAAACAAGCUGUAGAUCAUGUACAAACACAUUUAUCCAAGAAACAAGUGCCAGCCAGCCUUUUUCAGCCAUAUAUAGAAGAAAUUUGUGAUAGCCUCCGAGGAAAAAUAUUUCAAAAAUUCAUGGAAAGUGACAAGUUUACUAGAUUCUGUCAAUGGAAAAAUGUGGAGCUAAAUAUUCAUCUGACCAUGAAUGAUUUUAGUGUACAUAGAAUAAUUGGAAGAGGGGGAUUUGGUGAAGUGUAUGGUUGCAGAAAAGCAGACACUGGAAAAAUGUAUGCAAUGAAAUGUUUAGAUAAGAAGAGAAUCAAGAUGAAGCAAGGAGAAACAUUAGCCUUAAAUGAAAGAAUUAUGCUGUCUCUUGUCAGUACAGGAGACUGUCCUUUUAUAGUGUGUAUGACCUAUGCCUUCCACACCCCUGACAAACUCUGUUUCAUUCUGGACCUGAUGAAUGGAGGAGAUUUGCACUACCACCUCUCCCAGCAUGGAGUAUUUUCUGAAAAAGAAAUGAGGUUUUAUGCUACUGAAAUCAUCCUGGGUUUAGAACACAUGCACAAUCGCUUUGUUGUAUACAGAGACCUAAAGCCUGCAAAUAUCUUGUUGGAUGAACACGGGCAUGUAAGGAUAUCAGAUCUUGGGUUGGCCUGUGAUUUUUCCAAAAAGAAGCCACAUGCUAGUGUAGGUACCCACGGGUACAUGGCUCCAGAGGUGCUCCAGAAGGGAACAGCAUAUGACAGCAGCGCAGACUGGUUCUCGUUAGGCUGCAUGCUUUUCAAACUUCUGAGAGGUCACAGUCCUUUCAGACAGCACAAAACCAAAGAUAAGCAUGAGAUCGACCGGAUGACGCUCACCGUGAAUGUGGAGUUACCAGAUUCGUUUUCUCCUGAACUAAAAUCCCUUUUGGAAGGGCUCCUGCAACGGGAUGUUAGCAAGAGACUUGGAUGCCAAGGAAGAAGUGCACAAGAAGUAAAAGAACAUGCUUUCUUCAAAGGGAUUGAUUGGCAGCAAGUGUAUUUACAAAAGUAUCCUCCACCAUUGAUCCCUCCCCGGGGUGAAGUAAAUGCAGCGGACGCUUUUGAUAUUGGGUCAUUUGAUGAAGAGGACACUAAAGGCAUUAAGCUGCUUGAUAGUGACCAGGAAUUAUAUAAGAACUUCCCUCUGGUAAUAUCGGAGCGUUGGCAGCAAGAAGUAGCAGAAACUGUUUAUGAUGCAGUAAAUGCAGACACAGAUAAAAUUGAGGCCAGAAAAAGGGCUAAAAAUAAGCAGCUUGGCCAUGAGGAAGAUUAUGCACUUGGGAAGGAUUGUAUCAUGCAUGGAUACAUGCUGAAAUUGGGGAACCCAUUCUUGACUCAGUGGCAACGUCGUUACUUUUACCUCUUCCCAAACAGACUUGAAUGGCGAGGAGAAGGAGAGUCACGGCAAAACCUGUUGACAAUGGAACAAAUAGUAUCUGUUGAAGAAACACAAAUUAAAGAUAAGAAAUGCAUCUUACUGAGAAUUAAAGGAGGAAAACAGUUUGUCCUGCAGUGUGAGAGUGACCCAGAAUUUGUUCAGUGGAAAAAAGAGCUGACAGAAGCUUUUACUGAGGCACAGAGGUUGCUGCGCCGGGCUCCAAAGUUUCUCAAUAAAUCUCGCUCAACAGUUGUAGAGCUUUCAAAGCCACCGCUCAGCCACAGGAAUAGCAAUGGUCUGUAGGAGAACAAAGUUCACUUAGGGAAAGCUACUGUGUGAACAUGUUGAGUUUCACAGAAUCCUUAUGAAUUACUUUGUGCAGUCCUGGAAGCGGGACGUGCUUAGGAGAGGAAGAAUUAGAUGUUUACAGCAUGGGAUAAUGUCAGAACUCUGUCUCUGGAGGUGGUGAAGACUGGAACAAUGGCAAGUGAAUUCAUGCUCCUAGCAGUGGUGGAAACUAUCACAUGUAGAGGCUGCAUAUUGCUCCCAUGCAUUCCUGCACCCUGGCGGUGUCUGGAAACGGUCCGUUACUCUAGAACUACUGAUGGAAGGAAGAUGCUGUUUUCUCUGCAAUACCCUUGUUUGGUGCAUACCAAGCCUGGAAACUGAAGUGGUUACUGCUGGCUAGAAUUACACCUGUGUGUGAUACCGACAAAUCCCUCAACUUUGGAAGGAGCUGCAGACUUGCCAUGUUGGAUAACCUUUAAUCUGUCGUGUUGCCAUGUUCUUUCCGACCAUUACUGCUGACUUUAUAAUAACCUUUCUCCAUACUGCUGAUGAUCAACAGUGUGACUCUUAUGCACUUCGAAGUACUGAAUUCUAACUGUCCUGUGGUUUAAAUGUUAUUGCUACUUCAUGGAAACAUUGAACUCAAGUUAUUCACUUGGUUUGUUGUACUCAGUAAUAGUAGCUACCACCGUUUUGCUUCUUCUACGUAUAUGCAGUACUAUAACUGACACAAUAGAGUAAUAACUGGUGAAGAGGAAUUUAUGGUAGCUUCAUCUAGUGCUCUGUUGUAUAAAUUGACUAUUUUAGCACAGUUUUUAAAGAGCAGAUUCCUUUUGACAAGUUUACAGUGAAUAUAAAGACAGUUCUUUUCCAUUUCAGGUCAACUGCACUUUUUAAAAAUUAAAAAGAAGUUAUUCAAAUCCAAUGCAUUCUAGUGCAUGUGCUGGGUUAAGAUGUCUGGGUACCUCGGUACGUAUUCUGGAUCACUCUUCAGUUACGGGACUUGUGGAUCCUUGUCUGUUGUACACAAAACAUAAGCAAGUGUGUUCUCAUGGCAUAGCUAUCCCAGACUUUCACUGUAGCUGAGCUCUGGAGGUCGUGCUUACAUCACAUGGCUCGGCUUGCAAAAGGAUUUUUAAUUUUCUUUUCUAGACAAUUCAAAAUGUCCACAUUGAAAACAGUCUGAGAAUACUGAGGAUGGAACUUACAAAACGAGCUGAUCAAAUGUCAGAUUUGUAUUAAUUCUGCUUGAGACAUCAGUCAUGUCAUGUGGAAACUCUUUGCAAAAGUAACGAUAUAAUCCCUAACUGUUAGACAACUUGAAGCAUGUGAUGUCAGCCUCUCCUGAGUCAUUGUGAUGUUUUAUAAGAGUUCUGUCAGGGCCGAAUUUAAGCUUUUUUUCUGAUUCUGUAAAUGCCUUAGAGAACAUUUUCUGCCCAGUUACAGUGGUACAGCUCUCAUAGUCCCUGAAGAUGGUGAGAACUGCAUCUCUGUAAGUGGGAACAGAAGCUGCACCAACAGCAUACUCUGUCCACCUGGUGUGCACAGUUUGUCUCGCUUGUGUUGCUAGCAGAUAACCACAGAGUUGUAGACUUAUGUGCUUUGUAGAAAAAUACUACAAAUUGGCAUAAGUAGGAGAAUUGUUUUGAAAGUAUUUGUUUAUUCUGAACACUCUAGUGAUUAAGUUGGAUGUAUUGCUUCUAAAAGUGAGAGUGGCUUAACUGCAUAGCACGUGCUUUCACAAGUGUGCAAACUCUUAGGUACAAGCUGGUGCAGCUUAAAAGGAAAAAUGUGUUUUGGGAGAUACCCCAUGUGAGUCAGGAGAUAUCUUUUUGCGAGUUUUUCCCAUUUAUUUUUUGAUUUACUCUGUGAAAAGAGUACUGACGUCUCUGUCCUUCUUGCUGGUAAGUGAUGUUCAGUGUCUCAGCAUCCUCUGUAAGGAGAAGUUGUGGUAUUUACUGAAGUUGAAAUACAAAAUGUCUCGUCUUACUGGUGUUGCCUGUGCACUGGGUGUCAUUAAGGUUUUCCUGCAAUACCAUGCAAUGCUUUUAUUUUUCUUGUUGAUUUGGGAAGAAAACUCCAGUUACGAUAAACUCUUCUCUUAGCUCUCUUGUAACUUGUUCAUAUUUUCUUAGUUCAUCACUGGUUCCGUUCUCCUUUUUUAGUUGUUUUCCACAGUUGCUUUUUACGAUAGGUCCUUGUUGGCAGAGGUUGGCAGUUCCUGAUGCAGCACACCGUAGCUCUGGGCUCCGUAAGGCGGGGUGGAUCUGCAGUUGGGAAAUGGUGCCUCAAAAACACAGGUAUUAGACAAACGAGGGCUGUACAUGACUUACAGGAAUAGGCGUAUUUGAAGGGUAAUGGAGUUGGGAUGGCCGUAAGACACGCUCGUUAACCUGGGCCUGAUUGCCUCAUCUGCGUCAGCGGUGGUUGGGGGCUGGCUGGCAGCCGAGUGCCAUCAGCAGCACCGCUCCGGAGCGUCGGCCAGGAGUGGGGCCGGGGCAGAAAGUCAGCAUUUCUGUCCUGUAGUCUGAUUUAUUGGUGAUGUAUAGAAGUUCUGUACUGGUCACUCACACGCGGCCGUGCUGGUACGGGAGGAGGAGAGGUUACCGGAGCAAGAAGCCCGCAUGCAUUGGCCACGUUAUGGCCCCAGCAACAAGGGGAAUUCUGUGCUGAAAGAUCUGGAUCUCGUGGUGUGGGGAGAAAUCUGAAAUUCAGCCAUCCAAAGCAUGGUGUGCCGUACUACCCCUAACUGGUCAUUCCCGGUCUAGGUACUAAAUUCUCCAAAGGUUUUUCUUGGACAAAGUUGCUUGAUGGUCUUAUUUUUGAUGAGGGUCUUCAGGUGUACGCGUAGAAGAUCUUGUUGAACACUGAGAAAGUAAGGCACAGCAUUAAUUUAUGCAUGUUGACCACAUUGGUAUGGCUUUUUUUAAAGUUCAGGGAAGUAAAGAUAAAAGAAAUUAGAGCUUCAGGCAUCAACAGAACCAAGUGAAUGAUUAAGCACAGAUUUUUAAACAAAUCUUCUGAAAGUCCUAUAAAAAAUGCUUCUGUACUGAAGAUUUAUGCAUGUAGGGAAAUUGUUUCUUACAUUUCAAAAUAGAAAACGAGAUGCUAGAUAAAGCCAUAUCGAAUACUCCCCUGAUGUAUCCACAUGCUGUCUGUGUUGCAGGGAUUAUUUUCUAGUUAUACUUUGUGUCCGAUGUAUGAGCUGAACAAUGCAGGAAGACUAGAUCCUGGAAAGCAAGUGCGUGGAUGACAUGAUUGUCGAAAGAUGUGUGAUUUCUGUGGGAGCUGGACUCAGGGGCUUCGCAGUAACUUCCAGAAGAGCUGGGGCUCUGUUCUUUGUUCUUUUCUAUUCCUUUUUUUUUUUUUCUCUGCCCACUGUGAGGUAGGGUGGUGGCAUUUCUGAUGUGUGGGACUUGCUGUAAUUUAAUGGUUCAUUUAAAGAUGGGGUUACAGCAAAAUCUUGCCAGGUUCAGACUUUGAUGAAUUGAAAUUUAAGUGCAGGAGAAGCACCCCACCAGUUAUUUGGGCUGCAGGCAGCGUGUCCCCAGGGGCACGAGCACGGUAGGUGCUGCCAAGUGUUCCCAGUUCCCUGCGUGCCAGCUGAGAUGUCCCGUCAUUGCCGGCGUAAAUUUGGCAAUUCUGUUGUUCGAAUUUGGUGAUUAUUUUGCAUACUUAUGCAACUGUUAAAGGAACGUAUUUAUAUAAAAUCCUUCAUUCAGCUGCAGGCUAUCCACUUCCCUAAGUUUUACAGCCUCUUGAUGUUAUUUAUGCCCGAGCUUUGCUCCGGUGAGGUCUAAGGCUGCAGUCCUGUUGCGCCACUUGGGGAUGAGUCUGGUGGCGCAGAUCUGGAGCCGAUCCAGUUUGGCUGAUGUUACCGGUGUGGUGCCCCCGCCGGGCUCUGGAGCAAAGGCUCUGAGCGCGCUGGUGGCCGCGGGACGUGGCUGGGGAGCGUGGGCAGCGCUGUGCUGUGUGGUGCAGGCACGUCCCUCGAGUCCAGCAGCUCUCCUUCAGAAAAGCAGCAGCAGUUUUCUUCUCCUCCUUCUGCUGACGUGGAAAAAAAGUGAAUGGGAUCACCAGGCUGGGUUUGGUUUUAAAAUAAAUGCGGGUGUUUGCAGUCCAGUGUUUAGAUAAUAGAAGUAUUGUGAAUUUGGUGCUAAACAGAUCCGAGUUGUGGCGCUGGUGAUGCUGGCGUGGCUCUGCAGCUCGGCUCUGCGGCUCGUGUCCGUGGGAGUGAUGAGCUGUGUGCUGCACAGAGUUACUGUGGGGCUUCGGUCUCAGGUGGCAGGGAAUGUGUUCGGGGAAAGGGGAGUCCCUGGAGCUCUGCGCGUUGCUCUUUUCCUGGCAGCUGAUCAGUUUAAGGACUAGAUUCUUCCUGAAUAUCACUUACCUGUCUGUGUACCAAAUCCAUACUGCUUUUACUGUUCCCCACGCAGCAGAUGGCAAUGACACAGUUACUUUAACUCUGAAAUGCUCACACUUUAAAUAUAUAUGGAGGAAGGACUAUUUUGAAGUGUACAGUAGAAAGUAAAUAGUUCUAGUUGUGUUGAUUAAUAUAAGGAAUGAGUCAGUUCUACAAAGGAAAAACCUGAAAAACGUAUUUUGAAAAAGCAUAGUAUUAAUUUUAAUAUUGUAAAAAAAAAAAAGGAAAAUAUCUAAAAUAUACAGAGAACAUAUGUAUAUCCAAAUGUCUGAGGAAUUUCAAGAUAAUCUACUUUUGUUUUCUGUUGAUUUCUAUUCCAUGGUGUACAUAUUGUGUGGAUUGAACAUUGGCUGUUUUAAUACUAUUGUUAAAUUGUAUUUUUAUUUUGUGUUAAACUAAUCAUCACAGACUCAGCUUUAUUUUGUUUAUGUAAAGGUUGCUAUGCUAUGUAGGUAUAAAACCAAGAAUUCUAUUUUAACAAAAAAGCAUUUUAUAUUAUUUAUUAAAUACAUGUUUCUCCAACUUCUGACAUUCCACAGAAUUUCUGCUCCAUAUAUGUAUAGCUUGUCUGAAGAAACGGCAGUUCCUUUCAAACAGGAUCAGUCAGCUUUAUUCUGUUUUUCAUAAUAAAAUUGAAAUAGUUUCAGUCUGUCCAAGUAACCCGUCUGUUACAGGCAUACAGAAUUUCUUGCGUUGUCAGGACCAUCUCUAGGUGCAAUGGCUUAUGAAUGCAGAAACGUCUGAAAAAUCCUUGCAAAUAACCCCUCGGUUUGGGAGCUAUAAAUCCCCCUUUAUUCCUCAGUGCUCUGGUGAGUGACGUUUUGUGCACAUUCUGCGGUGGGUGGAACAAGAAUUAAUGGCCUUAAAUCGGGGCAGGGAAGAGUCAGCGCAGAUAUUUAAAACGCUCUUUAAUUGUGAAGUUAAUGAACUAAUGGAAAGGGAGCCCGGAGAGGCUGUAGAACUUGAGCACCGGGAUGGGGCAGGAAGCCAUCAGCUCGGAGCCGUUUGUGUCGAGCAGCUACUGCGGAGCGGUUGGGUUGUAGGGCAGGGAUGGGCGAGCUGGCGUCUGGCAGAGGUGGUCGUGGGAUUUGCUGGGGUGGUCCCUGUGGGCAGCAGCCCCGGAGGUCCCCAGGGAGCAGCUCACCUGGGGCUCCUGAGCCACAGUCGGAGCACGCGAGUGAUUUGGGGCAGUGCCGGAGCUCAGCCGGCCAAAAACAUGUGCUGGAGCGCUGCUGCGGAUCCGUAGGUAACAAAGCCAGACACCCCUUCCCAGGCAGGGUACGAAAAUAGCACUAAAUUCAUCAGAUAACUCAUUUGCUAAAAAUAAUUCUGCUUUCCCAUCGUGGUCUCUGCGGUUUGAGGAGUACAUUUAGGCGUCGAAGUACGCGCUGUUAACUUCCACCCGUCGUGGCGCUUGGAGCAGGUCCCUGUUUGGGUUUAACGACGGCAUCUCGAGGGUGAGCUGUUGUGCGUCUGUCUUGCUGGCGAAGCCGCCUCCUCGCUGACACACGGCGUUGGUGCCGGGGGGACCCGCAGCAGGACAAGGGGGCUGCUCUCCCCCACCCUGGCUCUUGCCCUGCUUCCCCCUUCUCACCCGGUCCCCCCUGGUUCCUGCGUUGGGACGGGAGCGCUCGCACUGCGCUGCUCUGCCCGCGGAGCUCGCACGGGGCAGCUGCCGCGGACUUGGCAGGUGCCAAAGCCAUGUGCCGUUAGGAAACCUGAGGACGGACUCAGAAAGCAGGCUGGGAGUUCCUGGGAUCGGUGUAACUCGCUGCAUUGCCAGACUGGAAAAGGAGGCGGACGCGGGCUGUAGCUGCCGAUCGGUGCAGGAGGCUUUCCGGCCGUGACGGGCUUCUUUGUGUUGAGGACAGGGAGAGAGCAGGUGAGACAACAAACAAAUGGGUCUGAAAAACAGAAUAAAGUGAGAGUGUCCUAUGAGAGGUGUUUUCAUGAGCACUGUUUCAGUGACUAAAUUCAGUCCUUCAAAAAAAAGGAGCAGAUUCACAUGAAUAGCUACUAGUGAUUUAAAGAAAUAUAUUGAAAGAGAACCUGUUUUCAAUGUGUAAUUUAAUGGUAAGAAAAGCCAGUAUCUGUAAAUAACUUUAGAUAUUGUAUCUAUGAGAAUCAUCAUUUG